GGAGGAGCUGGCGCGGCGUGCAUCGGGAAGUCCCGUUGCUGGGGUUACAGAAAGUCGCCGGGAUUUGGCGUUUUUGAGAGGACGCACCACAGGCAGAGGAGCUAGGCUGGGGCGUGCUGGGGCGCUAGGCUUGGGGCGCUAGGCUGGGGUGCUAGACGUCCCCCUCCCUGCCUCACCCUCCCUCCCGGCGGCUCUCACAGGGAACCUGCUUUCCCCUCCGUUCAAGCCGGGCUGGAACUGCCGUGCCAGGGAUACACACAGGAGGACGGAGAGGCCCUGAGCGUGGCAGAGAGACCUCCCGGCUGCACCGUGGGUGAGACUGUCCUGCAGGCCCUCGGCACCGUCACCCCCUGCCUCCAUGUAUCCUGAAUCCACCACGGACUCGCCCGCUCGCCUCUCACUCCGACAGACCGGCUCCCCCGGCAUGAUCUACAGUGCUCGCUAUGGAAGCCCCAAGCGUCAGCUGCAGUUUUACAGAAACCUUGGGAAGUCUGGGUUGAGGGUGUCAUGUCUCGGAUUGGGGACCUGGGUGACCUUCGGUGGCCAGAUAACAGAUGAGAUGGCUGAGCAGUUGUUGACGUUGGCCUAUGAAAAUGGGAUUAAUCUGUUUGACACUGCUGAAGUGUACGCCGCUGGAAAGGCAGAGGUGGUGCUGGGAAAUAUCAUAAAGAAGAAAGGAUGGAGGCGUUCCAGUAUGGUGAUCACCACCAAGAUCUUCUGGGGUGGAAAAGCAGAGACAGAGAGAGGCCUGUCCAGGAAGCACAUCAUAGAGGGUCUGAAGGCCUCCCUGGAGAGACUGCAGUUAGACUAUGUGGAUGUUGUGUUUGCCAACCGACCGGAUCCCAACACGCCUAUGGAAGAGACGGUGCGGGCGAUGACGCAUGUGAUCAAUCAGGGAAUGGCCAUGUACUGGGGGACAUCUCGCUGGAGCCCCAUGGAGAUCAUGGAGGCGUACUCCGUGGCGCGGCAGUUUAACCAGAUCCCGCCGAUCUGCGAGCAGGCCGAGUACCACAUGUUCCAGAGAGAGAAGGUGGAGGUGCAGCUGCCCGAGCUCUUCCACAAGAUCGGGGUGGGUGCGAUGACCUGGUCCCCCCUGGCCUGUGGGAUCAUCUCAGGGAAAUACGACAGCGGCGUGCCCCCAUACUCCCGCGCCUCCCUGAAGGGGUACCAGUGGUUGAAGGAUAAGAUUCUGAGCGAGGAGGGCCGGCGUCAGCAGGCGAAGCUGAAAGAGCUGCAGGUGAUCGCGGAGCGGCUGGGCUGCACUCUGCCCCAGCUCGCCAUCGCAUGGUGCCUUCGGAAUGAAGGGGUGAGCUCCGUACUGCUGGGGGCCUCAAACACUGACCAGCUGAUGGAGAACAUAGGAGCGAUACAGGUCCUUCCCAAGCUAUCCUCUUCCAUCAUACACGAGGUGGACAGCAUCCUGGGGAACAAGCCCUACAGUAAAAAGGACUACCGGUCCUAAUGCAGGAGGCCCCAGGGACCAACGCUGGAGUGGCUGCUCAUUGGCUGCUUUAUAACCAAUGGAAUCUGGUGCAUGAGACCAGCAGAGGCCUGGUCCUGGAGGAGGAGUCCUUUAGAAUUACACACAAAAAAAAUUCCCGAAUGGGACCUGCAGCGGAGAGGCUAGAGGAGGCCCAGAUAAUGAAUGCGAAAGGAACUUGCACGCAUACAUAAAUCAGCAAUCCGUUCAGUUAAGGAGAAACACAUUCUGAAACGGAAGAGAAAAAAAAGCACAUGCUUGCUUGCCCGUUAAAAUACUUUUUUUUUUUUUUUUUUAAUACUGAAUGCAUAUAAGUAAAAAUAAGAU